UAAAAAAUAAAAAUGUCAUGUUCCAAUUUUUAAUUAUUAUUUACGAAUACUUUAGAUUUUAAAUAGUAUUUUACCACUCUUUAGGGCAUAAUGUUAUUAUGUUGUUUUACUAAAUAAUAAACAUUUGUACUUCUACGAUUAAAACUGGAAUUUUAUGUUAAUAAUGACAGUAUUAACGAUGGGAAGACACAAAGAAUGGAGAAAAAUUGUGAAAAGGGAGAGAAGACGGAAACUCCGAAUUUAUAAUGCCAAACAAAGAGACUAUAUAGAAAAACAAUCUUCUAAUGAAUAUAUUAACUGGCUAAAAGAACAAGAAGCAAUGGAUCUAUUUGAAUAUGAACAAAUUGAAAAGAGAAAUGCUGAAGAGAAUCAAAAGUGGAUAGAAGCAGAGAAAAAAGGUCUAGAAAAGUGGAAACAAUUGCAAGAAAAAAAAGAAAUUAUGCUGCAAAAACAAUUAGAAGUUGAAAUGAAACUAAAAUUGGAAAUGCAAUUAGAACAAGAAAAAAAGAAACAGGAGAUGGAGCAAUUAAGACAGUUAGAAGAGGCAAACAAAAGGAAACAAGAGAUUUUCAUGAAUCACCUUCAAGAGUUUUUGUCUGGCCAUGCCAAUGAACCUCCAACAGAGUUAUUAGUAUCACAUGAAUCUAGACCAAAUACUGAGUUUUGUCCCUUCUUCACUAAAACAGCUUCUUGUCGUUUUGGGGAUCAGUGCUCUAGAAAUCAUUGUUAUCCUGGUAUUAGUAAGGUGCUCCUGGCGCCCAACUUUUAUGUUCACUUUGGGUUAAACAAUGCCAAUUACAAUGAGUAUGAUACAGAUGUAAUGCUAGAAUAUGAAGAUAAUGACACAUACAAAGAAUUCAAAGACUUUUUUCUGGAUGUGUUACCAGAAUUUGAAAAAUUUGGUAGAGUUGUACAGUUCAAGGUUUGCAACAAUUAUGAGAAGCAUCUUCGUGGGAACACAUAUAUAGAAUUUGAAGAACUGCGAUGUGCUGUAGCAGCAUACCAGUCUUUACACACACGUUGGUAUGGCGGCAGACAGCUCUCAUUACAGUUUUGCACUAUUGACUCAUGGAAGAAUGCCAUAUGUGGUCUGCAGUCCAAAAGACGUUGUCCUAAAGGGCGUGCUUGCAAUUUUUUGCAUGUGUUUCGCAAUCCAAAUAAUCUAUUUAGCAGUUAUAAUAAUGAAUCAAAACAUAACAGUCAUCGUAUACAUCGGUCACCACGUCGUUCAUGGAGAUGGUCUGAAUCGCCGGAAGUCGAUAUAUCAAGAAGGGAAAUUGAUAAAAAGAAUAACACAAAAAUUACUGAAACAGAAAAACAUGGCGAUUUCAAAUACCACAAAAAAAAAUACAGACGGAAAGAUAGAGAUAGACGUAGUAGGCGACAAAAAGAUUAAAUGCAACUUUUCGAUAUUUUCAUUACUCAACCUACUAUUUCAUUUAAUUAAUUAAAUAAUUGAUAGCUGUAUUGUAUUGAUA